CAGAGGCUCCGGGGCCCGCGGGAAGCCGCCCCCAGUCUCCGCAGGGGAGGGAGCGGGCAGCGCGGGGCUUCAGCUCCCCGGGGAGUCGAGGGGCGCCGGCUCCUGUGUCUCUCUCCCCCGCCCGCGUCCGGUAGCUACGGGAGCCCCCGGAGCUGGGGAUGGAGGAGCCCUUCUGUGUGCGGCGGAGCUGGCGGUGAGAGGCCGAGCCUCUGAGAGUGGCUGAAAGGGGUCUCCGCUCUGCCCCAGCCUGGGCAGGGUGACAUGUGCUGGCCGGCGACUCGUGCGUGGGCAGGUCUCUGAGCUGCUCGAUGUUAUGUCGGUGUUCCGGUGGGAAGAUCAUCGGCCGAGGGGGAGUGCUGUGGAAGGGCAAAAUAGCACUUACUCUGGGCCUGGAGCAGAGAACCCGCCUCCUUAGAAAGUUUGGUUUCCGCUUGGCUGUUUUGAGUGGAUGCUCGAGAGCCUAGGUCUUUAUCUGCAACUGCAAAGGCACGGUGGACUUGAGACAUCCCCUCUGAGGAUCAAGGAAUUGAGGUUAGAGGUAAUGCUGCAAGCAGGUUCGACUAAUUACAAUAUAUUUAUCUUUCUAGAAAAGAAUCUGGGGGAGGGUCACCUUAUUGAAUAAACUGAUGCAUAGGUAGCUUAUGGUGAAUUUAGCCAUGUUUGGUAAUACCUUCUAAACGGCUAAGAUUAAUUUAAAGCCUUAUUUGUUCAUUUUAACCUUUUAUAGCUUUCCUCCAUCUCUUCAUUCUGACAAGCUGUUCUUUCCAGAAUCCCAUCCUGCAAUGAUUUUACUAGAUUGCAAUUCAGUUCCCAAGGUAUAUGCUGGCUGGGGUUUUGUACCCUGUAGUGUGAGGCACACUAGGCUGUGAAAUUGCUUCUCGAGGAGUUGCUUGUCCCUUACCACACUUGGAACCUCACAUUUAGCAUGAUCUGCAGGGCAAAGUGAGCUGUGGGAUGGAGAUAUGUGAAAUUCUUGGAUGAAAGAAGCAUUAAAAGAAAUCGAUGAUGUCUAUGAGAAAUAUAAGACAGAAAGUGAUCCCAUUCAGAAGAAACGGUUGCAACAGCAUCUUCAGCGAGCACUAAUCAACAGCCAAGAACUGGGAGAUGAGAAAAUUCAAAUAGUUACUCAGAUGCUUGAACUGGUAGAGAAUAGGGCCAGGCAAAUGGAGAUCCACUCUCGGUGUUUCCAAGAGUCAGAUAACGAAAAGCCUCUAGAAAAGGCAAAAGUGGAAUCUUGCCAACCAGAAAGAUCUUCACGUAGACCCCGUCGCCAGCGGACUAGCGAAAGUCGUGAUCUGUGCCAUAUAACAAAUGGGAUUGAAGACUGCGAUGACCAGCCACCUAAAGAAAAGAGAUCCAAAUCGGCCAAGAAAAAGAAACGCUCCAAGGCCAAACAAGAAAGAGACGUUUCACCUGUUGAAUUUGCGAUAGAUCCCAAUGAACCAACUUACUGCUUAUGUAACCAAGUGUCCUAUGGAGAGAUGAUAGGAUGUGACAAUGAACAGUGUCCCAUUGAGUGGUUUCAUUUUUCAUGUGUUGGACUCACCUAUAAACCAAAGGGGAAAUGGUAUUGUCCCAAGUGCAGAGGAGAUAAUGAGAAAACUAUGGACAAAUGUACUGACAAAUCAAAAAAGGAUAGAAGAUCGAGGUAGUGAAUGCUAUAAAUGUUUUAAAGGGUUCUGUCUCUUUUAUAUAAAAAUUGUUUAAUUUACAGAGAACAAUGUUUUAGGAAAAAUGCAUAAGACUAUGCAAUAUUUUUUAAUCUAUAGUAUUAAUGGAGUGUUAAAAUCUGUUAAACUUUCUGUGAUCUUUAACUUUCUGCACUGAAUAACCAAAUAAUUAAAACAGGGUGGCCUAAGAACUGCACAGAUGGAAUUACAAGUAGUGUUGUGGGGUUUUUUGGUUUUGUUUCACUUAAACUCCCUGUUGUGUUAGCAUUUAAAAAAAAAAUCCUGAAAUUAAUGGUGGUGGGGAAGCACUGAAAGACUGGUCAUAUUACAGUAAUGGUAUUUAACCUCUCUAGCACUGUUUCACAACCUCAGACAGUUAUUAGAAUCUCCAUUUGUUGUGAACAUCACAUAAUAUCUGGAGCAGGGGUUCAAGAAUUCAGCUGUUAACUGUAAAAUAGUCUUCCAAGCUAGAAAGCAACCUAUUUCUUCAGUGGCUUUCAUAUGAUGAAUGUAUUUCCAGGAAGAAAAUGCCACUAAUUUAUGCUUUUUAUGUCCAUAUUAAACUGUUGCCUUGGUGACUUUA